AUGAGCACUCAGCAGAGUCCGGCCGCUUUGCAGCAGACAGUCGAUCGCGAGAAGGUCUACACGUGGAUAAUCGAGCUGUCCAAUCCGGAGACCAGGGAGAAUGCUCUCCUCGAGUUGAGCAAAAAACGUGAGGUGGUGCCCGAUCUGGCGCCCAUGCUCUGGCACUCGUUUGGCACCACGGCAUCGCUCCUGCAGGAGAUCAUCAACAUCUACCCGGCGAUCAAUCCAGCAACCCUUACUGCUUACCAGAGCAACCGGGUAUGCAAUGCCCUGGCGCUGCUGCAAUGCGUGGCCAGUCAUCCGGAGACAAGGUCUGCAUUCCUACAAGCACAUGUCCCAUUAUUUCUGUAUCCAUUUCUGCAUACUGUAAGCAAAACACGACCGUUUGAGUAUCUUCGCUUGACAAGUCUCGGCGUGAUUGGCGCACUGGUCAAGACCGAUGAGCAGGAAGUAAUAACUUUCCUUCUCACUACUGAGAUUAUCCCACUCUGUUUACGGAUUAUGGAGAGCGGCUCCGAACUGAGUAAGACCGUCGCAACGUUUAUAUUGCAGAAGAUAUUAUUGGAUGACAGCGGCUUGUCCUACAUUUGUCAGACCUAUGAUAGAUUCAGUCAUGUCGCCAUGAUAUUAGGAAAAAUGGUUUUGUCCUUGGCUAAAGAUCCUUCUGCCCGAUUGCUCAAGCAUGUUGUAAGAUGUUAUCUGCGACUUUCUGAUAAUGCAAGAGCUCUGUUAGCUCUAAGACAGUGCUUGCCUGAUCAACUGAGAGAUAACACGUUUGCAACAUGCUUGCAAGAGGAUGCCUCAACUAAGCAUUGGUUGAAUUUGUUACUGAAGAAUCUGGAGACCGGUCCGCAACAGGGCCCGCCGACUCAACCUGGUCAGCAAGAUCCCAGGACAAUUGGCAUGUCACCACUCACAUCUUAAAUUUUCUUCUUUCUUGAUGAUAAUCAUGUUUGGCAUGUAUGAGAACAAACUUUAAACAUUUCUAUCAAUAUGUCAUUCUAUAUCCUUUUUUUACAAAACGGUGCACGAUAAUGGAUGGUCAUGCCAUUCGCAUAUUGUAAUUACGAAUUGUGCUGUGAAAAUUAGUAAUAAGUAUAUUGUCGGAUUGACAAUUUAUAGACAUUAUUAUCAUUGUAAAUAUGUGUAAUAGACGCUUGUGGCGAAAUCUACCAAUUAUAAUCGGUUUGAUUUCAAUCCAAUUAUCCCUUGAAUUUCAAAGCACCCGACGAAUAGCCUUAAGAAACAUAUACAAAUCAAAAAAGUGUUUUGUACAAGCAAGGUAUUAGGGAAUAAGAAUUUUUAUAUCCGCAAUAUAUAAGGAUUAUAUAUACAGUUUUAACAUAUAAUAAAUAAGAGCUAUGUAUAAAAUUUGCAAGUGUGAUCUAUCAAGAUAAAUCAACUUUAUUAUUAAUUUAUAUUGUUAUAUUUACGCUUAGAGACGCCGGAUAUUUUGGUAGAUUUUACAACAUAGAUGCGUUAUCCAUUACUUAAAAAUUUAUCCCAUGAAUCAGUAUUUGAUUGUUCAAAAAGAGCAUUCUUCAACAAAAACAUAGGCAUGGAAAAAUUUGACCAACAUUAUUCAUUCUCUUUGUACAUUAUUGUCAGCCUAAUUAAAUAUGCAAUAUACAAUGUAUAGCGUGUAAAAUCCAGUCGACAACUUUGAAUCACUGCCUAGAUAUAUAUAGUAGUUUACAUUUAUAAGAAUAUAAUUUGCGCGCGUAACGAGCUAUGUUCGAAAUUAAUCCCGCCUUGUAUUGUGACUGAUCAAUGACGAUGCACUAUGAAAUUACAUCAGGGAUAUGCAAUUCGACUUGUGAGGCUUUUCUGUUCAGUCCGCGAGCAAGUUUGACUCCCAGUAAAAAUAAAAAAUAAACUGAAUUAUUAUCGCA